AUGAAAAGUGUAGAACAGUUAUUUCCACAAUUUCAGGUUGUCAACAUUGUGAGAUAAAACACUUAUAAAAAAUCAGUGAUUGUGAAAAGGAGUGGAUAUAAUUAUAUGCUUAGGAUAUUUAAUCUUGAAGGAAUUUCUAAAGAUAGAAUUCAAUCAAUCAUCAAAAUUAUUAAUAAAUUAUCUAAUCAUAAGAAUCCUCAUAUAGUUAAAUUUUAUGAGGCCUCUUUUGAUCAUGAUAUGACUUAUUUAGGGUAAUGAUAAAAAUUAUAUUAUUAGCAUAGUUAGUGAAUAUUUGGAUAAAUAAUACGAAUACCCUUUAAAAGAAGUUGACAUUUGGAAUAUCAUUUAAGAGGUAUCCAACAUGUCCUAUGUAGUUACUAUUUGCAUUACAAUAAUUUCAUCCAAAAAGAGUACAUGGUAAAUUAUAAUUGUCAAAUUUAUUUUAAAGUAAAGGAAAGACUAUUUUGGGUGAGAUGAAUGUUUUAUAUUAUUUACAUAAAUAAAACUAUCAAGAUAUUUAUUUACUAGCACCAGAAUUUAUUAAAUCUCAAAUAUAUGAUCAUAAAUCAGAUAUAUGGAUGGCUGGUUAUAUGCUUUAUUAGAUGAUGUUUAAGGAUCCACCGAUCAUAGCUAAUAAUGUUGAUAUUUUACAUAAAAAAAUACUUAAGGGAAUAUAAAUAACAUAUAAUCCAAAUUAUAGUCUUAAUUUGAAUAAUUUAUUAAGAUUGAUGAUGUGUUAUGAUUCUGAAUUAAGACCUAAUGUUGAAUAAAUACAAUAUUUUUGUUAACAAUCUUAAAUAUCUAAUGAAGAAAUCAAUAUUAAUAGAAUAUUACCUAAAUUCAAAGUAGAUAAAGUAAUAUUACAUAAAAAGAGAACUGAAAAGAAAUCAGAACCUAUUUAAAAUAUAGUAUAUUUGAAUGAAGAUCAAUUUAAAUAACCAUAUUUUCCACCUUCCAAAAUUAUUAAAUAAAAAAGACUCUUAUUAUAAAAAUAAAUUACAUCAGUCAUGGAUCUAGGUCCAUCCAAAAAAACUAAUUAAUCUGUUUAAUUCCCUAAAAUUUUAAAUUACUAAUUUAGUAAAUUGAAAAUUAGGGAAUCUAGUACAGUUCCAGGUUCCAUUGGAAAUUCUGAUUAGCUAGAAAAGUACUUUAUUCUUUAAUUUCAGAUUGCAAAAUAAAUCUUAAAUUAAUAAAUUAGAAUUUGAUAAUAUUUUACCAUAAACUAAAAAAACCAUUCAAACUCAGAGAAAAUCUCCAAAUAGAAUUCAAUUAUAAUAAGAAUUUUAAAAUAGAUAAAAGAGUUAAAGAUUAUUUUAUUGA